UCCAAGUAAUGAUUAGUGUCAAUUCGCGACAGGUAAAAUGUACAUAAUGAUAAUCUAACUUAUACAAUAUUUUUAUCGUCAAUUUACAAUGUGAAUUUAUCCGGACCAAUGGAGAGGAGGUUAUCACGAAAAUGUCGAAAGAAUUUCUAGUCAAGGUGGAACUAUGUUUGAAAAAAAUUACAUGCCCUGGUGUCUGGCUGUGUUCCAAUGGCAAGGUGUCCUUACAAUUGUUUAUGCUGGAUUCCAGCAUCCAAACGGAGCUGAACAAACCAUACUUUCCUAUCAGAUUUAAUGAAAAAUUCAUAUUCAGAAAAAUUUUUGAUCAAGAACGACGGUUAACUGAACUACAUAGAACCUUAAAUGAUCACUGGUUCUAUGCCGAACUCGUUCAGUGGAAGACUUGCAAUGAGGGAUACAUCUUGGCAUUUUUUUAUACAACACUGGAUGACUUGUUGUAUCCUAGUGCUUUUCGGACAUACACCAGCGGUACCAAUUUAGAUUUACUUAUGGAACCAACUAAGCUGUUUCCUGGUACAAUAUCACCAAAAUUAGAACUAUGCACUAAAACCACAAUAGAAGAAAUUUUUAGUGAAGCAAAUGGGCUGGAAAAGUCCAGCACAUUGACUUUGAUUGGACCUCAAGCAAAGAGAAACCACCCUAGGGCAGUUUGUCAUAACAAAGAAUACAGUAGACUACAGCAGCACAGUCAAUUGUCUACUAAAAGCCGAAAGCCCAUAUUUAAAUAUACAAAGCCAGCAGAUGAAUUUCCACCCAUAAGUGAGGAUUCCUAUAUGGGAACUUUCAGGAAAAGAGAAUCAAAACUUUCGGAAGACAAUUUGAGGAGAAAAAAAAAUGUAACUGUAGAUACCACAAUGGAACAACCCACCUGUUACUGUGGCUGUAGACCAAUAAGUCUAAAAAGUGGAGUAAGCAUUUUAAAAAACAAAAAUUCUGAUCAGCAGUCUUGGAUUAGUCACAAAAGCCUCAGCAAGUGUUCAUGUCAGACAUGCUCGCAAUAUGAUUGCUAUUUCUACCAAUCAAAAGAUAUGAAUCAUGCUUCCUCAGCAAUUAAGGGUCACUAUUGCUCAUACUGCCCUAAUUCACAAAGGAAGUUUCACAUAAGCCAUGAUGAUUCACCAUGCAAAUCAGAAAUUUCUUCAAAAAAGAAUAUGUGUUGCUGUCUACCUCAAAGAAAGAGUAAGAUGCUUGUAAAGCAGCUGCAUGAAAAAAUUCAAGACAGUAUUAAUGGCAUUUCAUCUUUAGGGCAAUAUGUCGACUGUAAAAGAUGUAACGAUUCAGAUUGAUGUGAUAAAUGAAAAAUAAAAAAUAAAUUUC